GUGUGAUUAUUGUGGUAAUCUUAAACUCUAUAUUCUGUAAGGUAUUGAAUGAUUAUUUAUUUUAAUGAUCAUGAUCUGUUCUUAAAAAAGAAGAAGGCACGGUUGCUUAGAAAACAAUGACUAAAGGCUUCUUUGGACAUCGACCCCAUGCGGGCAUGACUAUGAAGUAAUUUAUCAUGUUAUCUUCCAAUAUAAAAAAGGUAUGGCUCUUUAUAUGCUAUAGAAGAAAAGCAGGAGUAGGAAUAUUGGUCCGUCUUCAUGAUGCCAUAUAUUUACGUUGCCCGUACAUUACGACAUUAUAAGUCUUUUCUAAAUUUGACUAAUUCAUGAGGUAUAACGUGGCUUUAACGUUUUCUUUUCCUAAUCUCACAUCUUCUGUACUUGAAAGACUUGGAAUAUUAAUGGCAAGCAUGCUUAUCAAGGUGGUGCCAUUUUUUUGGAGACCUGACAUUAACAAUUGAACGUAGAUUUUGGGGCUUUCUAAAUUUGACUAAUUCAUGAGGUAUAACAUGGUUUUAACGUUUUCUCUUCCUAAUCUCACAUCUUCUAUACUUGAGAAAGACUUGGAAUAUUAAUGGCAAGCAUGCUUAUCAAGGUCAUGCCAUUUUUUGGAGUCCUGACAAUAACAAUUGAACGUAGAUUUUAGGAUUUUCUAAAUUUGAUUAAUUCAUGAGGUAUAACGUAGCUAUAACGUUUUCUCUUCCUAAUCUCACGUCUUCUAUACUUGAGAAAGACUUGGAAUAUUAAUGGCAAGUACGCUUAUCAAGGUCGUGCCAUUUUUUGGAGUCCUGACAGUAACAAUUGAACGUAAAUUUUGCGGAUUUCUAAAUUUGAUUAAUUCAUAAGGUAUAACAUGGCUUUAACAUUUUUUCUUCUUGAUCUCGCGUCUUUUAUACUUGAGAAAGACUUGGAAUAUUAAUGGCAAGCACGCUUAUCAAGGUCGUGCAAUUUUUUGGAGACCUAAUAGUAACAAUUGAACGUAGAUUUUGAAAUUUUCUAAAUUUGAUUAAUUCAUGAGGUAUAACGUGGCUUUAACGUUUUCUCUUCCUGAUCUCACGUUUUCUAUACUUGAGAAAGACUUGAAAUAUUAAUGGCAAACACGCUUAUCAAGGUCGUGCCAUUUUUUGAAGACCUGACCUUAACAAUUGAACGUAGAUUUUGGGGUUGGAUGCUAAAUAGUACAACUCCAUAUGGAUGGAAGUUGGUAAGUCAAGUCUUUGCAGGCAGCAAUAAUUCUGGUAAGCCAAGUCUUUGCAGGCUGCAAUAAUUCUUGUGAUGGCUUUGCUGUGGGAAUAUGGUUGAUUAAUCAAACUGAAAAGACAAUUAUCUGGACUGCAAAUCGAGAUGGCCCACCUGUCUCCUCAAAUGUAGUGUUGCAGUUAACUAGAGAUCGUGGGCUGUUGCUGCAAACUGAACAAGGCAGUGUAGCUAUUUCUGCUGUGGAAGAACCUUCGGCUUCAGCUGCUAUGCUUGAUUCGGGUAAUUUUGUACUCUACAACCAGGAUUCUCGUGUUAUCUGGGAAAGUUUUAAAUUUCCUACUGACACCAUAUUAGGAGGUCAGAAUCUGUCUGCCGAAGAUGAAUUGGUUUCGAGUGUAUCUAAACAUAACCAAUCGAGCGGUCAAUUUUCUCUUCGUAUGCAGGAAGACGGAAACCUUGUUGCCUACCCUGUUAACAGUUCGUAUGCUCAAUAUGACUCAUAUUGGUCCACUGGCACAGACAAUUAUGGUAGUUCUACACAGCUUACUCUUAGUCAUUUAGGCGUGCUGUUCUUACGAAAUGAUGCUUUGGUCGUCCGUGUUCUGGCAAAUAGCUCUUAUCCUAACAAGAACAAUGGAACUAUUAUCCAUCGUGCAACACUCGAUGCAGAUGGAAUCUUUAGGUUGUAUGUACACCGCUUUGAGAGUUUUAAUUCUUCAAGCACGUUGGUGAAUUGGUCGGCAUUGCCUAACCAAUGUGAAGUAAAUGGCUUCUGUGGACUCAACAGUUACUGCUCAAGCGAGGGCAGCAAAGCUGUCUGUAACUGUUAUCCUAGUUUUGUUUUUGUCAACCCAAUCAAUAAGUUCCAGGGUUGCUACAGGAGUUUCACUAAUGAUGGUUGCAGACAAGUGAAAGAGCCAGCAAUGUUGUAUCGAAUUGAUAUUUUAGAGAACAUGAGGUGGGGUGAUUAUCCUUACUCAGUUGUACCAGCAAAGAAGGAAGAUUGUGGGAAAUUGUGCUUGGAAGAUUGUAAUUGUGCAGCAAUCUUGUACACCAACGAUCAUUGCACCAAAUACAAACUUCCUCUUAGAUAUGGUAGGGUAAGUGAAAAUACAUCAGCUACAGCCUUCUUCAAGGUGAUCACGAAAAAUAUCACUACCCCUCCAGUCUCAAUUGCCCCAGAAGUUUUGACGGAAAGUAAAAGAGGUCUGGUUUUGACUCUUGCUAUAUGUUUGGGUUCCAUUUCAUGCUUGUGUUUCAUAUUUUCCAUCUACAGUUUCUUUAGAUACAAGCAUCAAGUUUUCAGAUAUAGAAGGUUGUCAGAAAAUGCGAACUUGGGUUUAAUUGAAGACUUUACUUUGCGAACAUUUUCUUACAAUGAGCUUGAGAAAGCAACUGAUGGCUUCAGGGAAGAAUUAAUGGGUAGUAGCUCUUUUGGAGCUGUUUAUAAAGGUACUCUACCUGGAGGUAACAAAACUAUCGCCGUUAAACGAUUAGAGAAAGUUGUGGAAGGAGGUCAACAGGAAUUUAAAGCUGAAAUGACUGCACUUGCACGAACCCAUCACAGAAACUUGGUUCGAUUGCUUGGUUUUUGCAUUGAGGGCUCUAAGAAGCUUCUUGUCUAUGAUUACAUGAGCAAUGGUUCACUUGCAGAUCUUCUCUUCAAGAGUGGCUUGCGCCCCAUCUGGAAAGAAAGAGUAAAAAUUGCUCUUGAUGUGGCGAGAGGGAUCCUUUAUCUGCAUGAAGAGUGUGAAGUCCACAUCAUCCACUGCAAUAUAAAGCCCCAGAACAUACUUAUGGAUGAUACAUGGACCGCAAAGAUAUCUGAUUUUGGGUUGGCAAAGCUUUUACCACGAAAUCAAUCAAGAACAACUAUGAGGGUCGAAGAGACAACUGGUUACAGCUACUUGGCACCUGAAUGGCAAAAGAAUGCUUUGAUAUCAGUAAAAGCAGACACAUAUAGUUUUGGUAUUGUGCUUUUGGAGCUUUUAUGUUGUAGAAGCAGUAUAGAAAUAAAUGUUCCAUCAGCGGAUGAGAUACUUCUUUCUAGUUGGGUCUAUAAUUGCUUUAUGGCUGGAGAGUUGGACAAGCUUGUUCAAGGUGAAAACGUGGACUUCAUGACACUGGAAAGAAUGGUGAAAGUGGGGCUAUGGUGCAUUCAAGAAGAUCCAGCUUUGCGUCCUUCAAUGAAGAAUGUGAUCUUGAUGUUGGAAGGGACAAUGGAUAUUCCGAUCCCUCCAAUAUUAUCUCCAGUUGCUUAAUGAAUUAAUGAUCAUUUUAUUUUAUUUUAUUUUAUUUUACUGCUGAUCUGAUAUAUAUUAGUAUUGAAUAUAUUCUUAUGUAGACAAACAUGGUGCAUCUGCAUAACUACAUGUAUUAUGAACUCUGGCUUCUAUUUUCUUUCCGUUGGUAAUUAUAGACUGUAUAUACAUUUUGAUCUCUUCCA